UUAAAAAUGGCGGCGCUCGGAGGCUUGUUAUUGUUGUUGUUAGCUUAAAGACAGCAGCCGGAGAAAGCGGGACCGCUUCUUUUUUUAUUUUUGUGGGUAUGAAACGGCAGAAGAUAAAAUAUGCUGAGAUCGACAGGCUUCUUUCGAGGGAUUGACUGCCCUUUCAACAGCGGCGACCCCGAGGGAAGGCGCUGCCACAGACCCUAUUGUCACUUCAGGCACAGCGGGAGCAGGAGGACGUCUUGUAGCGGCCGAGAGGCCUCUCUUCAAGAUCAAGGCUAUGAUCCAUAUAAUCCUGAAAUUCAAACACAGGGAGAAGAAAAUGGAGACGAGUCCAUUUCAAACAAUUGUAUUGAGGUGGACUCUAGCCUUCUUGAGUUGGAGUUGGUCAACAGAGCCAUUGAGGCAGUCAAGAGUGAAGUGGAGAGGGAGCAGAAGAAACUGUCCCAGUUUGAGGACAUCGUUAAGGCUGAAUAUGGCAGCCGGGCCCGUUCAGAGGACUCUUACGGUAGCCUCGAGUACGAUCCCAGCAGUUACCAGAUCAGUGCAGCUCGAGGAUAUAACCCAACACCACUUUCUGACAAAUACCUGCUGGACACCAAUAAUAAAACGGUAGGGAACUCCUUGGAAUAUGUCCCAACCACUGUGUCGAGGGCCAUCAAGGCCAAAGCAGCCCCUUUGACUUGUAGUAAAUAUACAUUAGACAAUUCAAAGCCCGUCACUGACCUAGAAUAUGACCCCUUGUCCAACUACUCUGCCAAACUUCUGAGUAAGAAAAACUCGAAGGGUCGAAACGAUUUCAAAAGAAACCACAAAGCUGGUCAAGAGGAAAAUUAUAUCCCUGUCGCUAAAAAAUCCCGCCAUCAGACCAACAUCACAAAGUAUGAUGCGACCAUUAGCUUUUCAGAGUCGGACGACGAGAGUCCAGUGGAUUACCAGCCCAGUCCGAUUGAAUUCAUGCAGGAGGGGAGGUUCUCUGACGAUGACAUGGAGAACAGAGAGAUGGAAUCCAAAUCUCACAGUUCAAAGGGGAAAGAACCUUUUGCCCAGGGUAAUGCCCAGGAGUCAACCAGAAUUGACUGUGUCAAAGAAGGAAAAGGCGAUAAGAAGAAAUCUUCAAGCCUGGCCGACAAGAAAAGUUCUAAAGCAGAUGGUGUCAAGAGUACGGACAAGAAGACCACCAGCAAGGAGGUGGCCAAGGAGAAAGCAAAGAAGGAGAAGCCAGAGAAGACCGUAAAAGGUGUCACUGCAGAAAAGCAAAGAAGUAAAGAGAAGGUGGAAAAGACCAAGACAAGUGACAAAGCCAAGGAGAAACCCAAAGAGAAAGUCAACAAGGAGAUUAAGAAGGUGAAAAAAGAAGAAGGCGGUGAAAAGCCUGGAAAAGGCAGUCAAGAGAAAGCGAAAGAGCUCCCUGUGAGCAAAUCCACAGUGAAAGGAGAUGGGAAAGACAAAAAGCCGGAAAAAGGAGACAAGGCAAAGAAGGACUGUAAGGUCACGAAGGAUGUCAAGAAUGGGAAGCCAUCGAGUAGCAACAGCAGCAGUAAACCGAAAAAAAACGACAGCCAAAACGGCUCCAGGGAAGAGCGAAAGAGUGGCCUGUUAAAAAAGGAGGUGAAGGCGCCCCCUAAAGCACAAGUCAAGCACAGGACAUUAAGUCAUGCAGACUUGUUCGGCGAUGAGAGCGAUGAUGAGGAGACUCGGAGAUUCAAAGGCCGUGCUGUCAAGAAGGCUGCCGUCCAUGGGAGCAGUAGUAAAAGGAAAGCCUCCGAGUUUUCGUCGUCCUCUUCCUCCUCCAGCUCUUCUUCAGAAGAUGAUGAUGAUGGUGGUGUGGAUUAUUACAGUUUACAAAAUGAACUUGACUGUGACUCAGACCCCAUGGAGGAAUGUUUAAGAAUAUUUAAUGAAUCGAAGGAAGUCAAAACGGAGGACAAGGGCAGACAAGCAAAGCAGGUAUCUAAGGAUUUUCCUGAAGAGACGACUGCAGAUGGCACUUUAACAACUCUUUUUCCUGGUCAGAAAAAGAGAGUUUCACAUUUCCUGAGUAAAGGAGAGGUUGAAACACCAGCACCUAAACAGGUUAUCCGACCAUACAGAAGGCCAACCCCUCAGGAAAUGUGCUACCAGCGUAUGCAGAUUGCACAACAGCAGGCAGCCCAGCUCGCCACAGCAAUAAAGGCUGAAGCUUCAUCAGCAGCAGCAGCAGCAGCUGCAUACCCUGGAGAGAAGAAGAGGAUAGCUCACAAACCAGGACCAUCCACCUUCAUCACGACGAAAUCAGGACCAGCUGGAACACAGCAGCCUAGCACCAGUCUGACUUCACCCAAUAAACUCAGUUGUCCUCUUCCGAAUGUAAAGGCACAUACAUCAGCUGCAAUUCUAUCAAAGACCACCACCACUGACGUGCAGAAGAGAAUCGCUCACACCCCAUCUUUAAAGAGUUCAACUUUAAAGAGGCCAAUCAUUCCAGCAGAAUUUGGAGGCAAGGUCCCUACUGCUAUUCGACAAAAAUCUCUCAAUUUAUUAAUUGAAGAGUGCCUCAAGUGCUGCCCCACAGAAGAGGAAGCAUUUGAAAAGGCGCUUGCGGAGGAGAAAGUGGUUUAUGACCGCAGCAGUAGUCGGAGUAUCUAUUGUAAUGUAGCUGCGAAUGUUCUGAACAAACUCCGAAGCUUGAGUAGUCCGGCACAGAUGUCAAUCAAACAGGCCACAAAAACACCUUUAAAUAAGAAGAGGAUCUCCCAUGAGGAGGUGCUUGGUGGAAGGUUGGCAGCCAAAACCAGUUUCUCUAUCAACCGUUCUGGAAAGCACCCAGAAGAGUCUCUCACCGGUGCGUCACUGUAUAGGAAACUGAAGCAAUACAUCAUGACUGAAGAGCAGCUGCAAGAGAAUGGAUAUCCUCGGCCAAAUCCUGACAAACCGGGCAAAGCAAUAGUCUUCACAGCCACAGAAAAGAAAAGUGCUGACCCUUUCACCAGAGUAUGUUGCCGUUGUGGGUCUGAAUAUAUGGUGACCGUCAGUGGAAACUGUGUCCGUAAAGAGGAAUGUAACUAUCACUGGGGAAGACUACGGCGAGUGAGAGUUCCUGGAGGUUGGGAGACUCAGUACAGCUGCUGCUCAGCAACAGUGGGCUCUCCAGGGUGUCAGACAGCCAAGCAACAUGUGCAAGAUGGACGCAAGGAAAAUUUGGAUAGUUUUGUAAAAACGUUUGAGAAGCAGAACUUGCCAGAUGGAAAUCCAGGUGUUUAUGCUCUUGAUUGCGAAAUGUGCUACACAAGGCAUGGGCUCGAGCUCACCCGGAUCACAGUGAUUAACGCAGACCUCAAGGUGGUCUAUGAUACAUUUGUGAAGCCAGACAGCAAAGUGGUGGAUUAUAACACAAGGUUUUCUGGGGUGACAGAAGAAGAUCUUGAAAACACAACUAUCACAAUCAGGGAUGUGCAAGCCGUUCUUCUGAGCAUGUUCUGCUCAGACUCCAUCUUGAUUGGGCACAGCCUGGAGAGUGACCUUUUUGCACUGAAGUUAAUUCACAGCACUGUUGUUGACACUGCAAUUGUCUUCCCGCACCGCCUGGGACCGCCUCACAAACGAGCCCUUAGAAAUUUAAUGGCAGACUACCUCAAGCGCAUCAUUCAGGACAAUGUGGAAGGACACGAUUCUAGCGAGGAUGCCAGAGCUUGUAUGGAGCUGAUGCUCUGGAAGAUCAAGGAGGAUGCAAAAGUGAUGAGAUGAUGCUCCUUCGCUUUGACAAUGACAUACCAGAAAAGACGAAUAAAAAAAGGAACGUUGACGCAACUCGGACGUAAAGCUGCGGAUGGUAAUGCACUUAGACAAGCGGCUCAAGGAGCAGUGGGCAGGGAGGCACAAGAAUGUGUGAGGCCUUUCUGGAAAAGGAAAACCUUAAUCUGCGGAAUGAGGUUGGCUCGACCUGCCCCACCCGGGGGGGAUGCCUGGAGCUCCUUGCUUGGGAUCCCGAUGGGGUGACAGAUGCUGUUUGGGAGGUGACACAGUAAAGCAGUGUUGUGUUGUUGUGUCCCCUUUUUAUAAUGUUAUUGGCAUUAUUUGUUUGUUAAAUUGCCUUUAAGGUGCCACUUAUGUUACAAAGUCUGAAAGAGAAAUGUUAAAAAAAAAAAAA